UUGCCUACGUCACCACAUUUCAGCGAGUGAGAUGUGACGUCGUGUCAAACUUGGUGGUCUCCAGAAACAGCGGCAGACGCAGGUGCAAAAUGAGGGAAGCGGCUCUCCUGCUCGCAUCGUCCGUGUUCCUGUGUCUCCUCCUGGGCCUCAGCCAAGCAGCCAGACAGGGGCAGGACAUCCGAUGUGGAGCCUGCCGGGCUCUAGUGGAUGAGAUGGAGUGGGCCAUCUCACAGGUAGACCCAAAGAAGAUGAUCCAGACCGGAUCGUUCAGGAUCAACCCGGACGGCAGCCAGUCCAUCAGAGAGGUCCCUCUAGCCCGCUCAGAGGGAAACCUCCUGGAGCUGAUGGAGAAUGUGUGUGAAAGGAUGGAGGACUACGGAGAGCACACGGAUUCUUCAACCAACAGGAAGUCCUACAUUAGGAUCAAGUCUAGGAGCGGUGAGCCCAUGGACCUCUCAGAAGCCACGCUGGAUUCAAGAGUUACAUCCAGUUUAAAGUUCGCAUGUGAAACAGUCGCUGAGCAGAAUGAAGAUGAAAUCAUUGAAUUCUUCGCUCAUGAGACAGAAAAUGUUAAAGACAAACUCUGCAGCAAGAGGACAGAUCUCUGCGAUCACGCUCUGAAAAUGGCCCAUGACGAACUUUGAUGUCACCAAGCCAUGACUGCCGUCUCUCCUCAGCUGAAAUAGAGACACUGGGUGCUGUGAUGUUUUCAGUGGUCACUGGUUCACACAUUGGCAGUGACAUGGCAUGACAAGAUGUGUACAAAUCCUGUAAAAUAAUCCACAUCCACAUUAAAACAUAAAGUAUUUUUCCUGUAACCAUAGAGAAUUCAAGGACCACUUAGCCAAUUUUUUACCCACAUCUCUUUUAGACCAUAGACGAUACCUAUCCACUUCCUCCCACUAUCCAGAAAUGAGGCCAAAAUGUUCCUCGCAUGGACGAUCUUGUCACGUGAUCACUCGAUCAAACAUGAUUUUUAAGACAAGUACAUAGAGAUUAGGUUUAAAAUGUUUGAGUGGUCCUUCAUUCUAUAUUCAUGCCCAUGGGAAAAAAUGUUUUUGAUGCUGAUAGUCACUGACAACACAAGUGUUGUAUGAGUCAAGAAAGAAAAAAUUAAGAGCACAAAUAAUAAGGUUUAUGAUUUCAGAUUUUAGUUUAACUGUUCUGCAGAUGUGAGACUGUGCCUACUUUGGAGAACAAAUAUUUCCCAAGUGUCGCACUUGUAAAAUGGCCAAUCCUUCUUAUUCAUUAGAAGAACCUCAGUGUUGAUGAUGUUGUGAAAUUAAAUAUAAUCAAUUAACUGAUCAUAUAUUUCCAAUAGAGAAAUCGGCUGCCAAAGAUUUACUGCAAGUUUUAAGAGAAAUUUAUGAAAGAAAAAGUACUGAAAACUGUCUGGGGAUAAAUCUGUUCUCUCUCAUGCUGCUCUUUAAAUCAUAAGAAACAUUUAAACAAAAUCGUCAUUCGUAGCUUCUGAAGAUGAAAUGAUUUCUUAUUUUCUCUAAACCAGCUUCUAUUAUGAUACUUAAUGGGUUUCUUUUUACUUCUGACCAACCAAUGUUAAGUUUUCUUAAGUCUAGUAAACUCUUAUGUUAUUUCAGUAGUGGUUUAUCAUCCACAAUCUGAUCAUCAGGUCAUUAUUAAGAAUCAUUCUGUACUGUCAAAGUGAAAAGAGCCGGAGUAAUAUUCGGUAUUGUUAAUUUCCCAGUGUUUGAAAAAAUUAACUUGCUGUGUCAUGAACUUUCUCUUGAAAUUUCCUUUUUUAUAAAUAAAUUUUGUACAUUUCUGCA